GAGCUACGUGAUUGGUUUAGGCCUGGAAAACAGUGUUUGGGAUUCUCAAUGUACAGGCCGCAGUAGUGCUACCGUCGGAAAAUUAACUAUAAUAAAUUACGACGCAUUCAAGGGGAUCCGAAACGCGUCAACUCUCGGAAGGCUGUCGCAGAAUAGAAACUUUUUAACAGAUGCCAGGUUCACAGAUUUCCUUAUUGUUUGUGAGACUUGCACGUGAAAUGAAUCAUCAUCAAAUGUGAAGGAUUGUGGAAGUCAUAGAUAAUGGAUCAAGGUGGAGGGAUCCUGGAGCUUCACAAGGAUCUCAAAAUGCCCCAUACAAUGAUAAUGCCAGAUUUUGUUGCCGGGAUGGGGGGUAUGGCCCACAUCGACGGAGACCACAUUGUGGUGUCCGUGCCGGAGGCGGUGCUGGUCUCCGACGUGGUAACGGAUGAGGGUAUCAUGCUCGAGGCUGACCUGGAGGCUGAGGUGGUGGAAGGGCCCGACAUCUGCCAUGAGGACGUCAUCACCACUGAGGGAGUCAUCAUGUCUGAGUCUAUCCUGGGGGCAGAGGUAGCCAUUGAAGAGGCACUGGGCGGCACGGUCGAUCACCACGAGCUGACUGCUGAUCUGAUUGAGGAGACUGCAUCUGAUCAGGUGUUUGUGGCUGACCUUAUUUCACCACAUGAAGAGAGCCACCUGGAUCAUGACCUGGUGUCCGGAGAGGUCAUGGUAACGGACACGGAGACGGAGAUUCAUUCACACGACACCGUGACAUCUGAUGGCAGUAUUAAGGAGGAAGAUGACGAUGAUGUGAAGAGUACGUCAGAGGACUAUCUCAUGAUUUCCUUGGAUGAAGUUGAGGAGAAGCUUGACAUUGGAGAUACGCCAUUAAAGAUCAACACAGACAUGAUCCAGGAUGAUGACGGGUCAAAAGAGGAUGAGUUCAGCUCAGAAGUCAUUAAAGUUUAUAUCUUUAAGGCUGAUGGGGAUGAAGAUGUGGAAAUAGGCAGCACAGAAGUGGUAGCAGAGAGUGAUUUUCCCAAUGGGCACACAGUGUUGGAGUCAGCGGUCUCAGGCAGACUGCCCAGAGAGAAGAUGGUCUACAUGGCCGUAAAGGACACCAGUCAGGGAGAAGAUGAUAUCAACUGUUCUGCGAUGACUGACCAGGUGUAUAUGGAGGUGAUUGUCGGAGAGGAAGAGGCUCCUGCCAUCCAGGAAGUCCAGUCAGAGGACACACCAGUUAACAAGACCUUCGUCCCCGCGGCCUGGGCUUAUGGCAGCGGUUUAGAGAGUAAGAAUGGCACUGCCACCCCAUACCUGCAGAUCACAGACAGCAUCAGCACCAGCCGAGCUCUCAAACAGAGGCUGAAGAAGAAGAGGAGGGGAGAGUCACGCCAGUGCCAGACCGCUGUAAUCAUCGGUCCCGAUGGACAGCCGCUCACCGUCUACCCCUGCCACAUCUGCGGCAAGAAGUUCAAGACGCGAGGCUUCCUCAAACGGCACAUGAAGAACCACCCGGACCACGUUUUCAAGAAGAAGUACCAGUGCACCGACUGCGACUUCACCACCAACAAGAAGGUGAGUUUCCACAACCAUCUGGAAAGCCACAAGCUCAUCAUCAAGAACGAAAAGAUCCCCGAGUACACGGAGUACACGCGCCGCUAUCACGAGGCGAGCCCUCUCGGCUCCAACAAACUCAUCCUGCGCGACAAGGAGCCCAAGCUGCACAAGUGUAAGUAUUGCGAGUACGAGACGGCCGAACAGGGACUCCUGAACCGCCAUCUGCUGGCCGUGCACAGCAAGAACUUUGCGCACGUUUGCGUGGAGUGCGCCAAGGGCUUCCGCCACCCGUCGGAGCUCAAGAAGCACAUGAGGACCCACACGGGCGAGAAGCCCUUCCGUUGCCAGCACUGCGACUUCCGUUGUGCCGAUCAGUCCAACUUAAAGACUCACAUAAAGAGCAAACAUGGCACAGACCUUCCCUUUAAGUGUGGACAGUGCCCGCAGGCCUUCGCUGAUGACAGGGAGCUCCAGAGGCACACGGAGAUCUUUCAGGGACACAAGACUCACCAGUGUCCGCACUGCGACCACAAAAGCACCAAUUCCAGCGACUUGAAGCGUCACAUCAUUUCGGUGCACACCAAAGACUUCCCGCACAAGUGCGAUGUGUGUGAGAAGGGUUUCCACAGACCCUCAGAACUGAAAAAGCACGCCGAGACUCACAAGGGAAACAAAGUACAUCAGUGCCGACACUGCGAUUUUAAGAUAUCCGACCCCUUCACGCUCAGCCGGCACAUCCUCUCCGUUCACACCAAGGACUUGCCGUUCAAAUGCAAGCGGUGCAAGCGUGGUUUCAGGCAACAGAACGAACUGAAAAAGCACAUGAAGACGCACAGCGGUCGCAAGGUCUACCAAUGCCAAUAUUGCGAGUACAACACUACGGACGCUUCGGGUUUCAAGCGGCACGUCAUAUCGAUUCACACUAAGGAUUAUCCUCACAGGUGUGACUACUGCAAAAAGGGGUUCAGGCGACCGUCGGAAAAGAACCAACAUAUUAUGCGACAUCACAAGGAAACCCUAAUGUAAUGUUCAGUCAAUACUCUACAGUUACACAUGACAUACAGUAUACAGAUUUAACAACCUGUAUUCUUAUUUAAUCUGAUUCAAAAACAGUUUGGUCCCGGUCAAAAGUCUCACACUUUUACGCAAAGCAAAUCGCUCAUUCAGGGUCUUAAAUGUUUAUAUUUUUAUAUCCACAUACCGCUUAAAUGCUGCAAGCGAACCAUGAUCAAUAUAUGAAAAAAUGACUUCAUCUCUAAAUGAUCAUUUUGUCUAUACACUCACCGUCACGAUGACUACAGGCUGCUCCCUUCAUGCAGUGAAAGCAUACUGGGACCGUAAGCUGUCGAGCAUCAAAAUGAGCAAAA